AUGGAAUUCUACUCGAAGGUCACUACACUACCCCACAUUCCUGACAAUGUCACAAUACCUCAGUUCAUGUUCGACGCGAGGCACGAGAUCCGACCGCAAGGAAAAGAGGCACCUUGGUUGAUCCAGGAUGAGACAGGAAGGAAAUUCUGGAAAGCUGAGCUGCGUCAACGGGUGGACGGACUGGCCAAUGCUCUCAGCAUGCAGUAUGGCAUAGGGGACAAUGACGUUGUCGAAAUCACGUCGAUUCCAGACUAUCCAGUGGCUAUAUGGGCCACCCCCUUACCAAACCGUUUUAUUUAUAGAGGAGCAAAUCCCGACUUCACAAGUAGUGAAUUGCUUUAUCAACUGCAAGAGACGAAGGCCUCUGUUAUAAUCGUUCAUCCGGACUCAUUGCCAAUCGCGGUCAUUGCUGCACGAGAGGCUAGUCUAUCAAAGGACCGCAUCAUUCUCUUCGACACGAGUAGCAUCUCCAAGGAAAUGUACGAUAGCUACGGCACUGUUGGGAGACUGCUUGAUCUUGGGCUGAGGAAUAAGAAGGCUUACUUUGAGAGAAAGCUGGCCCCUGGUGAAGGAAGAACGAAGCUUGCAUUCUUGAGCUUUUCGUCGGGUACUACUGGUCGUCCGAAGGCUGUUGCUAUACCUCAUUUCGCCUUGAUUGCCAACGUCAUUCAGAUUGCUAUUCAUAAUAGGAUUCAUGAAGACUAUUGUGACUAUGAAGAUAGGCGAUAUCGACCUGGCGACGUGGCCAUUGGAGUGCUUCCUCUUUAUCACAUCUAUGGUUUGGUCAUCAACCUUCAUUUUAUCUUGUUUGCCAGAAUGUCUUUGGUUAUCGUCCCAAAGUUUAACUUUGUAGAGAUGCUCAAGAGCAUCGUCCAUCACCGUAUAAACCACCUCAUGCUCGUUCCUCCUCAAGUUGUUCUUCUUUGCAAGCAUUCCGCGGUCAAAGACUAUGAUCUUCGGCAGCACAUCCGGAUGAUCAUGUGCGGGGCUGCUCCGCUUUCUCGUGAACUCAAUCAACAGUUGUUCGAGAUGUUCCCCAAGGCACAUAUUGGCCAAGCUUAUGGCAUGACGGAGACAUGUACGGCCACUACUAUGUGGCCGAUAACGCAGAAGAGGGGCGUAUCAGGAAGUAGCGGACAGCUCCUUCCGGGAACCAUAGCCCGAGUCGUCAAGCAGGAUGGCUCGUUGGCCGGAUACGACGAAGCCGGAGAGCUAGUGAUUAAGACGCCUUCCGUUGCUCUAGGAUAUGCAAACAAUGCACAGGCAACAAAGGAAACAUUUGUUGAAGGAUGGGUGAAGACAGGGGACGAAGUCAAAAUCUCCCGUGAUGGUGAAGUCGUCGUAUUGGAUCGUUUGAAGGAAAUCAUGAAGGUCAAAGGCUUCCAGGUGGCACCUGCCGAGCUGGAAGGUUGCUUGCUUGAUCAUCCUGACGUCGACAACGCUUGCGUGGUUGGUGUACCAGAUGACUAUAGUGGCGAGGUUCCUCUUGCUUUCGUGGUACUGACACCGAGUGCAGCAAAGCGAGUAGCGAAAGUCCCUGAUGUGGCCGAACAGAUUAAGGCUUCCAUAAUCCAGCACGUGGCGCAGAACAAGGUUCACUACAAGCACCUGGCCGGUGGUGUUGAGUUAGUGGAGGCCAUCCCCACCUCCCCAAGUGGCAAGCUCCUUCGCCGAGUCCUGCGAGACCGAGCAAAGGAGCUGAAGAAUGUCAAGGCAAAGUUGUAG